AUGGCCAAGUUCAUGUUCCUUCUCCUGAUACUGGGGGCUUUUUCUCUUGUGUUCUUCCAAGCUGAAGCAAGAAUAUGCAUGGCCUGCAACAUGUUUACGAAUGGCAGAUGUGUAGAAGGCAAGGGUGAAUGUAUCAUGGAGGAAGGCGGUGCGUGCACAACCAGGGAUAUCUAUCUUUCCAAUGUCAGAGGUGGGUUUCUCUACAACUACACUGUACUGGAGUGCUCUAAACCGUGUAAUCCUUCAAAGAAGAGUUAUUUUCAUAUGAAAAUUUCAAGCUUUUGUUGCCAAAGUCAAGAUUUCUGUAAUAGAUAUAAAGGAAUGCUAGUGAGCAAGUAUGCUAACUGAUGGCCAGUGCCUUUCCCUGCUUCAAUUUCCCUUGUUCACCUGCUGGAUCCCCGCACGUGCUCUGCUGAGGAUGGAGCCACUCAUGGAACUCCUAAGCAUCCUUCUUUCACUCUGUCCUGGAUACUGACUCCUUCUACCAUACAUCAGACAUCAAACAUUCUCCAUUCACCCUUGUUUCCUCUCUCUUCGUCGUCGUUCCCAUGUGAAAAUCACCACCAGUCUUGCUAGUCUUGCCUUUAGUCAUUGAGUU